UUUGAAAAUUGUAAACAAUAUUAAGAAGACAAGUAGUAAAAUGAUAAUAAUUUUCAUUUUUGUCUUACUUUCUUCUGUAUUUUAUUUUUUUCUAAGGAAAAAACGAUCAUAUAAUUUGGAAAACGAACACUAUUUGAUUACUGGAGGGUCUAGUGGAAUAGGACUUGCUUUAGCAACUGUAGCUGUGUGGUUAGGAUGCAGUGUCACUAUAGUUGCAAGGUCAAAGGUAAAGCUGGAAAAAGCCAAAGAAUCAUUGCUUUCAGAAUUAAAGAAUACUAAACAAAAAGUACUGACAUUUUCAGUUGAUGUUUCCAAUAAAGAUAAUGAUUUGGUAUCAAUAGUAAAGGAGGCAGAGAAAUGCAGUGGUCCUAUUACUGUGCUUGUCAACUGCGCUGGAACAUCAGUUUGUCAUCCCUUCUUAGACACUCCUAAGGAACAGUUCUCUAAAAUGCUUGAUGUUAAUUUUCUUGGAAGUGUACACAUGACUCAAGCCGUUUUGCCUCUUAUGAAAGAAAGGAAAUCUGGUUCUGUUGUAUUUGUAUCUUCAAUUGCUGGAUUGAUGGGCUUAUAUGGAUAUUCUGCUUACUCUGCAUCCAAGUUUGCUCUUCUAGGGUUGGCAGAAUCUUUACAAAUGGAGAUGAAGCCUUUUAAUAUUAGCAUAACAGUAUCAUUUCCUCCUGAUACAGAUACUCCUGGAUUUGAAGAAGAAAUGAAAAACAAGCCUCUGGAAACGCAACUUAUAUCUGAAUCUGGUGGAUUAUUUUCUGCUGAGGAAGUUGCUUCUAACUUGUUGAAUGAUAUUUUGGACAAGAAAUUCAUGUCUACUGUGGGUUUUGUGAGCAAAUUUAUUUGUACAUUGUGCAGCGCGAUGUGUCCCAUAAACUCAUUUUUCGACUUGGCUUUGCAGAUGGUGACAAUGGGUCUUUGUAGAGUUGUUGGUGCAAUUGUGCUCUGGAAUUUUGAUAAGAUCAUAAAACAAUGUGCAGUGGAAAAGGAAAAAGAAAAAUGAAACAAUGCAAAUGAAGCUAUGUGUAUUUUUU